GCAAAGCCAAUUUGUCUAUUAAAGAAACGUCAGAGAGCGGGCGUGCAAGAAGCCAUCGGCCACCGGAGUUGCUGUAGGAGUCAUCCCGUCUCAGUUAGAGUAUGGAAAAUGUGCUGGCCUUCUCGAUCCUGAGCGCGUCGCCGGCGGACAUCGCCCCCGGUGGGAGCUGGGCUUGGCUCUCCUGGCAAGGGAGGAAGCUGCAGGAGGACGACCAGGAUGGAGCAGGGCAGCAAGGGAAGCAGGGCCAUGUGCCGGCGGAGGCAGAGCUGUGGCCGGACAAGGGGAAAUCACAGUCGCCAUCGCUGCUGCAGCCACGGUUCGCGCCGGAGUUUGAUGGGAUCGACUGCUUUGAGACCCUCGUGUGCCAUUAUUCAGUUAAUCUCAAGCCGUGGUUGUGACUGCUAAUUCUUUCUCUUCAUUUCGUGUUCAUUCGUUG